AUGGAGCAUUGGAAAGCUGCAAAGAAAGUCUUGAGGUACUUAAAAGGAACCAGACACUGUAUGCUCACAUAUAAGAGAACAGAUCAGUUGGAGGUGGUUGGCUACUCUGACUCAGAUUUUGCUGGAUGCGUUAAUAGUCGUAAGUCAAUGUAUGGCUAUUUGUUCCUGUUAGCUGGAGGAGCAAUAUCAUGGAAAAGCGCUAAACAAACUAUCAUAGCAGCAUCUACUAUGGAAGCUGAAUUUGUGGCGUGCUUUGAGGCCACGAUUCUGGCUUUGUGGUUGCGGAACUUUAUCUCAGGACUUGGGAUUGUCGACACAAUCUUUUUCUCCAAAAACGACAAAUACUCUAAUGGUGCUACGCAUAUGAAGCUAAAGUAUUUGGCCGUUAAGGAGGAAGUUCGGAAACAGACAGUACUUAUAGAACAUAUAAGGACUGAGCUCAUGAUGGCAGAUCCUUUAACGAAAGGAUUGACACAAAAGGCAUUUAAAGAACAUGCUGAUCACAUGGGUCUUUGUUGUAAUCCUUAA